AGGUUUGGUAAAUCUAAAUUUAUAGCAUAUUUAUCUCCUUUUGGUUUACUUUAACUUUUACUUUUUGUAACAUGGCUAACAGUACAUGGGAAAAAAAGAUAUCUUCCAUGAUAAACGAGUCAAAGGAUUGCGUUGCCGACAACACUUGUCAGAUUGAGGAUAUGACUAUCUAUCUUCAUCCAAAUGUGUACUCUCCUAAAUAUUUUCCAGAGUCAAAAUGGUUUGGGAAAAACUUGCGUAGUGUCGUUGAAGGGACAAAGACUUUUCUGGAAGUUGGUCUUGGAUCUGGAAUUAUUUCGCUCUAUAUGGCUCGACUUGGGUUAGAAGUUACUGGUGUUGAUAUUAACCCUGAUGCUGUUGAAACCACAAAAAAGAAUUUUGAAAUUAAUCAUCAGAAAGGACACUUUGAAGAUCAAAAAAGUUUGAUACUGUAUUCUGGAAUCAUCCGUGGCAAUGAAAAGACAUUUGAUCCUGGAUACAAGCUGGUGGAGAGAUAUAUUGCUGAGGGUGGCAAUCAUCUUACAGAAAACGGAUCUUUAUUAUUGGGUUCAUGCUGUUAUGCUAAUAUUGAUAUGUUGAAAGAAAUUGGGGCCAAACACCACUAUGAUGCACAAAUUAAGGUCACUGGAAAGGAAACUAUUGGUGAUAAUGUUGAAGAAACCUAUUAUAUAAUUGAGUAUGUUAAAAAGUAA